AUGCCUGUUGAGAGUACGGACGGUACGGCACAGGUGCCUGCUAAGGACUUUAAGAACUCUGCCGCUGCUGAUGCGGCCGCUGCUGGCCCCGAGCAGGAGGUGAAGGCUGCCCUCUUCGACGAGGCUCAGCUUCUCUCGACCGGCGACAAGACCGCCGCGAAGGAGCUGACCAACCUCGUCAAGAUCGAGGGUCCCUUUGCCCUGCGCAACCUUGGCAUUGAGAACGUGAUCAAGAAGGGUCUCAACGACAAGAAGAACGCUGCUGGCCGCGAGGGUGCCUGCACCCUCGUCACCACCCUCUUCGAUGAGGGUGUCGGUCACGAGAUUGAGCCCUUCAUCAUGGAGAGCCUUCUUGACACUCUCGCCGAGGCCAUGGGUGACAAGGAGAAGACCGUCCGCCAGAAGGCUGAGGACGCUCUCCUACUCCUUGUCCGCAACAUGUCGACGUGGGCCAUCCCCCAGGUGCUCCGUGUUUUCCUGCACCAGAUGCGCACCGCCGGCAAGUGGCAGGUCAAGACCGGCUGUAUCCGUCUCCUUGAGGAGAUGGUCCAGCUCGCUCCCCUGCUCAUCUCGCAGCACAUGACCGAGAUCAUCCCCGUCAUGGCCGAGGUCAUUUGGGACACCAAGAGCGAUGUGCAGAAGGCCUCGCGCGCUGCCCUUGAGAAGCUCUGCGCCCUGAUCUCCAACAAGGAUAUCGAGCGUUUCAUUCCCGCGCUGAUCAAGUCGCUCAUCCACCCCGUCGAGGAGGUGCCGAAGACUAUCAUGCUUCUGUCGGCCACCACCUUCGUCCAGGAGGUCGACUCGCCGACCCUUGCGCUGAUGACCCCUCUGCUCUCGCGUGGUCUCACGGAGCGCCCCACCGCCACCAAGCGUAAGGUCGCCGUCAUUAUCGACAACAUGUCGAAGCUCGUCGACAACGAGCGCACUGUGCGCCCCUUCCUGCCCAAGCUGCUCCCCGGCUUGAUUAAGAUCGAGACCACCAUGUCCGACCCCGAGGCCCGCAGCGUGGUGCAGCGCGCCAUUGCCACCCUCCGCCAGGUCGGUAACGUUUCGGGUGACGGCUCGGACGUCAAGCCCCUGGACGACGUUGACAACGUCCAGACCCGUUCGCUCCUCGACAAGCAGCUCGAGACUGAGGGUCUCUCGGGCCCCGACACGCUCGUCGCCUACAUCUCGCAGCUCAUCACCAACCUCGCCAACGCCCGCGAGUUUGAGCCCAGCGAGUGGGAGAGCACGCUCACCCGCUACCUGCGUCUCCUGCGCCCCUCGGACCAGGAGAAGUCGAAGAAGAUCACCGACAACCUGCUCAAGGCCCUCGCCAAGAGCACUGGUGAGGAGGUCGAGGUGUUCGAGGACGAGGAGGAGGGUGUCGACCUCUGCAACUGUCAGUUCUCGCUCGCCUACGGUGCCAAGAUUCUGCUGAACACGGCCACUCUCCGUCUUAAGCGUGGUCACCGCUACGGUCUCUGUGGUCGUAACGGUUCGGGUAAGUCGACCCUCAUGCGCGCCAUCCAGAACGGCCAGGUCGAGGGCUUCCCCAGCCCCGACGAGGUCCGCACCUGGUACGUCGAGCACGACCUCGACGGCUCGGAGGGUGACAUCUCGAUUCUCGACUUCAUUGUCGCCGACAAGCGCCUGAACGUCAACCACGAGGAGGCUUCUGCCACCCUCAAGGAGAUGGGCUUCGACGAGACCCGCCAGGCCGGCCCCAUCACUGCCCUGUCGGGUGGUUGGAAGAUGAAGCUCGCCCUUGCGCGUGCCGUGCUGUUCAAGGCCGACAUUCUGCUGCUCGAUGAGCCGACGAACCACUUGGACGUCAUCAACGUGAAGUGGAUCACCGACUACCUGACCAGCCUGACCGAGACCACCUCGAUCAUUGUGUCGCACGACUCCAAGUUCCUGAACGACGUGUGUACCGACAUUCUCCACCUGAACCGCUUCAAGAUCAAGCGUUACCCCGGUAACCUUGAUGCUUUCGUCAAGCGUGUUCCUGAGGCUCGCGCCUACGUCGAGCUCAGCUCGGGUGAGGACUACUCGUUCAAGCUGCCUAACCCCCCGCUGCUGGACGGUGUCAAGACCAAGGAGAAGUCGCUGGUCAAGAUGAAGAACGUCGUCUUCCAGUACCCCAACACCCCCGCUCCCCAGCUCAAGAACGUCUCGAUCCAGCUCUCGCUCUCGUCGCGUGUUGCUGUGCUCGGCCCCAACGGUUCGGGUAAGUCGACCCUCGUCAAGCUGGUUGUCGGUGACACUGAGCCGAACUCGGGUGAGCUCUGGAAGCACCCCAACCUGGUCAUUGGUUACGUGGCCCAGCACGCCUUCCACCACAUUGACCAGCACCUCGACAAGACUCCUCUGGAGUACAUGCUCUGGCGCUACCAGACCGGUGAGGACCUUGAGGAGCACCUCAAGAACUCGCGCAAGCUCAGCCCCGAAGAGGAGGAGGCUAUGAAGAACGGUGCCAUCAUGGAGAUCGAGGGUGUGAAGCGCGUCAUUGACGACAUUGUCGGCCGCAAGAAGCUCAAGAACUCGUUCCAGUACGAGGUCUCGUUCAAGAACAUGUCCUCGACCGAGAACAUGUGGCUGUCGCGUGACGAGCUUAUCCGCCGCGGUUUCGAGAAGAAGGUCAUGACCGUCGACUCGCGUGAGGCGCAGAAGGCUGGUAUGCUUCGUCCUCUCGUCCGUCGCGAGAUCGAGAAGCACUUUGAGGACUUCGGUCUCGAGCGUGAGUUCACCUCGCACAACAACAUGCGCGGUCUCUCGGGUGGUCAGAAGGUCAAGGUCGUCCUGGGUGCCGCCACCUGGCGCAUGCCCCACAUCAUUGUGCUGGACGAGCCCACCAACUUCUUGGACCGUGAGUCGCUUGCUGCGCUCAUCAACGCUAUCCAGAGCUUCGAGGGUGGUGUUGCGAUCAUUACCCACUCGCAGGAGUUCUCGGAGGGUACCUGCAAGGAGAUCUGGAAGAUGCAGGACGGCACUCUUGUCGCUUCGGGCCACAACUGGGUCGAGGGUCAGGGUUCGGGUGAGCGCAUUGACAAGAAGAAGAACGACGAGGAGGAGGUCAAGUUUGACGCUCUCGGCAACAAGAUUGUCGAGGAGAAGAAGAAGAAGAAGCUUACCUCGGCCGAGGCCCGCAAGGCCAAGAAGGACCGCAUGGCCCGCCGCAAGCGCGGUGAGGAGGUGUUCACCGACGAGGAGCUCUAA